AUGCAAUGUACUGUAUUAGUGGAAAACCUGAAUGUAAAACAAAAUAUUAAAAAAGUUGUAUUCGAUGAUGCGUUAUGGCAAAACCUACAAUAUACUAAACAAAUCCUGCAUCCUGUAUCAAAAUCGAUAAAUUUAGUAGAAUCGGAUAGAUCUAUAUUAUCAGAAGUGCCUUUUGUCUUUAAGUAUAUAAAAGACACAAUAUUAGAUAUUUCCCAACAAGUUGACCUGACUAGUUCUCUUAUCGAAAGCUUGCUAAAAUAUGUUGAAAAACUCUACGAAUUUUGUUCUAAGCCGAUUCACUUUGCAGCUAAGCUUCUUGAUGCUCGCUUUAAAGGAGAACAUUCGAAUGAAGACCAACUAAUGGAAGCAAUAGAAUUCAUUUCUGAAAUGGCUCGUUCACUAAAUCUAGAUGUAGGGAAGACAUUCAUUUACGAUGCUAGACCAGUUCCACUUUUAGAAGACACCGGCAAAGAUUAUGCUGUUUUGUCCGUCCAUGAAGACGAAGCGGAGAUCAAGUCUGAAUCAGAUGCUUGGUCUGAAGAUUCAAACUCAGACUCAGAUGAAAAUAUACCUCUGAGUGUUUUGCUACACUUAGGUCUAGCCAACUCUCAGAAUAAGGACGAUCCGGAGAAAAUUCUUGAGCAGUUGAAGAAUAGUAGUAGCGUGGUGAGGCUAGUAGAAAGCCAGAAACUACUAAAGACGGCUGCUAAGCAGUUUGUCGACGCCUAUCGACUAGAACCACAGCUUCCUCAAACACAAUAA